GCAGAAAAGAAUCUCUCUUCUAGUGAUAAGAAAGCAGAUAAACAGAAAAAUCUAACCCAAGCUCUAUUCAACUAUGGAGUAGAAGAAGCUGAAGCAUCAGUUGCUUCAACAUCUGGGACUUCUGAAACUUCUAAGACGUCUAACCUACCUGAGCCAAAAAUUAUUGAGUGGUCUCAAAAGGAUCAGCUCAAAACUAGCAAGCUUCCCGAACCUAUUGAGCUUAUAAGUGAUAAUUACGCUAUAGGCAAUACAGAAUCAGAAGAGUUUGACUCCGAACCAGAGACAAGCGACAGUUCAAAACCUCAAAUACAGGCUUCUUCGUCAUCUCAAACAAUAGAAAUAGAUUUAAUAUUAGCUGAAAUUGAUGCAAUGUUAGCUGAAAUUCAGAAAUAA